AUGUUGGGCCGACUGCUCAGCACCGCUGCCUCAAGCCUCAACCCGGCGGCGUACUCGUCACGAAAUCAUGGAACACCGCUCGAAUCAGUGACCGAGGAGGAGCACACCUCCGGCCUUCUCUUUCCCGACGCUAGCCUUCUUCGCCGUUCCAACACCCAUACAUAUCCAUUGCAGACAACCUUCCACUCCCCCAAUGCCUCCACAGCCGGUGCUUAUGACGACCGCGGAGGGUUAGAACUGGACGCCAUCAAAGACUUCCGGGUGAUUGUGGCUCAGAAUGCCUUAGGUGAUCGCGAUGCGUGCGUUCUGCUGGACACACGUGCCUCCCCUGACCAGCCCCCCACUGGCCUUGGUAUCGACGCUCAAGGCCUUGAUCAGCCCGGUGCCCGACAUUCACGCACUGUAUCCAGCCUCACUCGCGGUUCCCGUCGAACCUUCCUCCCGCAAUCCUCCGUCGUCGAAUCCAGCCCGCUCUCCACAGCUGCCGAUGCACGGCGCUCAAGUCCCGCAAGCCCUGGCGCUUUCUCGCGAGCCCGAGGUCGUAGCUCCACACUGGCCCCAGCAGGAACGUGGCAUGAACCUGGGGUAACCCGUCAUGGCUCCGAUUCUAACGAUACCGGCUUGCUCAACUGCAUCUUCGGCAGCAGUGCUUUCAGCUACCGUGGAUCCUCAACGAAAAUGCAUAUUAUAUCCGCGGAUGAUGAGCCGGGGAUGGUUACGAGCUCAUCUCCAGCUGUUCGGAGUCCAUUGGCACGUGCAUACACCACUGGCAGCCCUUCAGGGUUGAUGGGGCCUCCGCGAGUGCAGGAGGGCAAACCACCCGCGAAGGUCACGGUUCUGGUGACUCGCAUGUUCAGCGUCAACCUUCCAGAAGGAGCCGAGGCAUCCGCUGAAAGGAACGAUUACGCCAAUGCCAUCUACCAAGAGUCUCUUCCUGAGAUGGGCUUUCCCUUCCCGGACGUAUCCAAACGAAAGAAGAUCAAGGAGAAGAAAACACCAAUGUAUGCGGUCGCCAUUACGAUUCAGAUCCCUUUGCUGGCUCGGAAUUCCGGACGACCGGUAUCUCGAUUCAGCACCCUCGGUCCUGAUUCGCCCCGAGUCGGCAUGUCGAGCUCCUUGGAUUCGGAUUAUCGCUGGCCGGGUGCCUUCCUUGACGAUAGCUUGUCCGCUGCCUCUCCUCCAGCUAGCUUGGACGAGCGUCUGGACCUUCUAGUUGACCACUGGGAUGUCAUAACCCGGACUUUGUCUCAUCUUGAAAGGCUAGCUCGGAACGAGAUUCUUUACCUGCUGAAGAGGGUGGAUUCUACAUCAGGGGCUCACCCAAAGCCUGCCAAGCCCCCAAAUAUGCAGAGGACGAACCAGACGAUCGUUCAUCUUCCCGCUAACCUACUGUCCCUGAACUCUAAGCUCAAAGAGGAGGCAAUCCGCAGUUCUCGUCGAAUCAGCCUGGCUCUUCAAACUCCCUAUGUCCUAACCGGUCAGAGCCGAUGGGGAGUGUGGCGAGAGGAAGGACGUUCCAUUGUCCGUGGCUUGGGCGACAAGGAUGCAAAUUUCUUUUUCCUUGUUCUGCUGACUGCGUUUUUGGGUAACCACACAGAAUGGCUGAAUAUCUUGGGACCAGAAUGGUACCGUCGCCGUCACAAUCAGCAGCAAAAGGCUCAACAGGACAGUGACCCCAUCUUGACCCACCGAACCGUUGUCAUCUGUCCAGACAAGAUGACUGCCCGUCGCCUGAUCUUCUUGCUCUCCGCAUUCCUUCCUUCCAAGCAGCGCCUGGAGCCCCUGCCUUCGCCGAUGCGACCCGGUACAUCGACAUCGAUGCGUGCCAUCUCCCAAAGCCCCCCAGCCGUACCAGUGCUUCGCCAAGAGUCACUCCGCAGAGCCAUCGAACGACGUGCUCGUGCUCAAAGAUUGAUGUCGAGUGAAACCGAUCAUCACAGGCGUUCUGUCAGCAUUUCGUCCCAGGACACCGCUCAACGCCCUGCCGAUGGGGUCGACCCCGCCACCCCCGUAUCCUCUACUGCUGCAGCUCGCAGAGGAUCAGAUGCUCGUUCGAUCAAAACCUUGAGUGCGACUAUCCAACCGAAGGACAUUCGGGCACAGAAUACCAGUGGUGCCACGACCUCGAUGACCACUCAGAGUAGCACGGUUCCCGUACCGCAUUUCACGUCCCAGCAAACCCGUUCCAGCCAGGGAGGAUCUGAUCACAGUGCCGCAGAUACCAAUGAGAGCCUGGCAUCGGAGACCUUGCUGAAGAGUCUACAACGGAGUGAGAGCUCAGUCUUGAGCGGAAAUGGCAGCCUUCCUUCUGGUGGAGGCCGAUGGGGUGGUAUCUUCUCUGGACUUUGGAGCUCCCGACAGGAGUCGUCCACCGAUGGGACUGAUUACUAUUCGCCAUCAGAAGCUCGCAAGCGAUCGGUUUCUACAAUCUCCGGUCCGCCCCCUCAGGCUCAGCCUACUCUGUCCCAGAUGGUCAAAGAAGUCGCCGAGACUGAAGCGGGACAUCGGCUCGAGGCCGCGCCGAGUGGUAACAUCUCCAUUCCAGCCACUACCAAUAGUGCCGAGGACGAUUCUCCCGAGCCAUCGUCACUUACGAGUCAGGUCCGCGAGUCCCCCCUGAAGCUUUCCGUUCGUGCGGAUGAGGGCGUGGUCGAUGUUGAUCUCCCCCUGCCUGGUUUCUUGUCCCUGUCUUCAUCCGGAGACUCUACAAUUGCCUCUCCCAGAAAGACUCGCACAUCGGUCACAAGCAUGGAUGCGAUGGCUUCAACACAUAGUAGUGGGUCUGGGUUCCACAGUACCAUGAAGGAAGCCGACGGCCCCAGUACUCACGUUGCUGGUUGGCUGAAGUUUUUCCAUGAAGAUUUCUCGCUCCAAGCGGUCCGACCGUAUGCUGCGAUUGAGGCGGACAUUAAGAGAGCCAUGCGGGCGGAGCCUACGCCUUACAUCCCCAUGACUCCGGAUGCGGAGGGCUCAGAGAGGUGGGUGGACGUGGCGACCACGUUGAUCGCCGAUACCAGGAGCUCAACCGUGAAGCGUCUCCGGUUGAGGCGGAAGAUCAUCGUGGGCGACCACUAUGGGCAGAGUAACACGCCCCCAUCGCCCGUCAACGCACUGUACGCGGGCAGCUCUCGCAGUUCGGGCGGAGGUGCAAGCUCCGCUUCACACUUCACCAGUUUCUUCACUGGCCAUGGCAAGUCUCCCGAUGCAACUUUCUCCGAAGCACAAGAGAAUCAUGUGGAGGAGAAGUUCAUCGAGGAGCCUGUCAUGGACCUUGAUGGGAUUCUGGUGGAUGCUGUGGAGCGAGUGCUCGGUCACAGUGGCCACUCUUCACUGGCGCAUUCUCGUGCGCCGUCUCCCUCACGUGCUCGGCGUGGCGAAGACAAAGGCCAAACAACUCCUCGGGGGGAAGAAGCCCCACCCGUUGAGGUCCCGCGAGCAGAGUGCCGAAAGAUGGUGCUUGGGGCCCUCGAGGAGGUUGUUCGGUCUGUCACCGCCGAGCACUGCCGGGAGGAUGUGGAAAGUGAGCUGGCAAUCGCUGACCGUGAGCGGCGACGGGCGUUGGCAGGGGCUGAUAAUACCCUGCGUCAAGGGAUCCGGGGCUGGCUGCUGGAGGUGGAGGACUGCUGGUGA